AUGUCAAUAUCGACUUCAGAGCAGGCACAGUCGCUGUCAACUCAGCUUUCACCCUCACCUCUGCUUUCUUGCCAGACCUCGCUGCCCCAACCAUCGCCCGCCGCCCAACAGUCGCUCUCCAAGCCUUCAGGAUCUUGCCCGGCCUGCAUGGACACCACCAACACCUCCGCUGCUGCCUCAUGGUCUGCAAAGAAGAACUUCAUCUGGCAAUCUCAAGAGGUUCAACGCUUGGUCUCCAUUCUGCACAGCAACGAAUCGUUCCAGCUGUGCCUACUCCCAUCUCGCGAGAACGACAGCAACGACCCUUCCAAUAGGCUUCGCAAGAACGGCGUCUACCGAGACAUUUUCAAUCAGAUCUUUCCGUCUACUAAUCCGGUCGAGCCUGAACGGAUCAAGUUCAAGAUUCGUUGGCUCAAGAAGACCUACUACGAUCAAACGAAGAAACUUGGAAUCACUGGCGCCGGCUUUUUUUAA